CUUUGUUUCCUGCGGCGUUGUUCCCGUUUCCGGGGGACGUGUGUUCUGUGCGCACCGCUCAGUCUGCUGAGGGUCAGCUGAUUUUCCCGGAAGUUUGCAGCGUUGUGUUUAUUUUGCAUGAGACACUUUAUAUCUUUAUAUUUCAGAAAUCUGUUUUAUUUCUGCAGACCAGUGAGAGACCGUCACUGAAGCAGCAAACUAAAUGUCUCAUUCGUUUAGUGUAAAAAGCGGAAUGAGUUUAAUAACCGUCAUCUGUCUUCUGCUAGCAGGUCAGGCUACAGAAGCUAAAAAUUCCGAGGACAUCAGGUGCAAAUGUAUUUGCCCCCCAUACAAAGACAUCGAAGGACAAAUUUACAAUCAGAAUGUUUCGCUGAAGGACUGCAACUGUCUUCACGUGGUGGAGCCGAUGCCUGUGGAAGGGAAAGAUGUGGAGGCUUACUGUUUACGCUGUGAAUGUAAAUAUGAAGAGAGAAGCUCAGGAACGAUUAAAGUGACCAUCAUCAUCUACCUGUCUGUUCUGGGGCUGCUGCUGCUCUACAUGGUGUAUCUGACUCUGUUGGAGCCCAUGCUCAAACGCCGCCUGUUCGGACACUCGCAGCUCAUCCAGAGCGACGAUGAUGUCGGGGACCAGCAGCCUUUUGCGAACGCUCAUGAUGUGCUGUCCCGCUCACGCUCUCGCACCAACAUGCUGAACAAGGUGGAGCACGCACAGCAGCGCUGGAGGAGACAGGUGCAGGAGCAGCGCAAGUCAGUGUUCGAUCGUCAUGUGGUGCUGAGCUAAAAAACAUGAAACAAAACAACAAACACGCCCCCUACUGGAUGAUCUGGUUAUAAUACCUGACGUAUGUGCAGUGUAACAUUCUCACCUUCGUAACAUCACUGUCUGUGUGUGCGUGCGUUUGUGUGCGCGUCUGUAUGUGUCCUAAUCUCAUGUGAGUUUUUAUUCAUAGUUGCACAGUGUGAUGUUUCCUCCUCAUCAUCGCAUGACAUUUCAUCUCUUUGUAUUUAACAUUCUGACUGUUUUUUUAUUUUGCAUGAAAUAAGGUAAAAUUUUCUGUGGAUAGAAAACAGUUUGUUCCUGUUACAGUUGAUCAGGUGUAAAUCUGGAGGUAUAAACAACGUGUCAGAUUAAAUAUUAAAAUAUAAGCUCAUGCAAUCAUCUCAUUCCUCUUUAAAAAUCUUCUUAAAUAUCUCAUAAUGUGUGUGAGCGUGUGUGUGCGCGUGCGUGUGUGUGUGUGCGUACUGAUCUCAUGAACUCUUUAAGUGUUAUUGAUUAAUAAAGCCGUGUCUGGUUUAAUCAGUCCUUCUUUACCAGACGAACAUUUUAUGAAGUGAUGAUGUUUAUUUUCAUGUAAACAAAAGUUCAUGUUUGACACUAAUAUUGUUCUGUUGUGGAACUUGUUUGUGUUUAAAUUCAUGCUUCAGGAGUUUAGGGACUGAUGAUUAGGUUCAUAUCUGAUGUUUUAUCUUGUUCCUGUGGGCAUUAAUAAUAAAUGAUAUCCGCUUCUGUUUGUCUGGCUUUAUUUGUUUGUUUGUUUGUUUGUUUGUUUAUUUGUUUAUUUAUAGACAAAACAAAGUCCUUAUUUCUCUCCAUGUCAUUAGGAGCAAACAAACAACAGGAUUGUUGUUAGUUUACUGAUUGUAUGUCAUGUAAUUGUUAAAGUUCUCCAGAAUAAAAAUCUUUCUUCA